CACGUGUCCUUCGGUUAGGCGUGUUGGUGGGUGACUAUGACGGAGCCGGUACUGUGACUGCAGUCGGUCCGAAAAGUCACCAGGAUGCAAGUGGCACGCAGACUGCGUUUCCGCAACAAGAUCGCCUUGGCUCCCAUGGUGCGUGUGGGAACGCUGCCCAUGCGGCUGCUCGCGCUCGACUACGGCGCCGACAUCGUGUAUUGCGAGGAGCUGAUAGACAUCAAGAUGGUGCAGUGCCGCAGGGUGGAGAACGAGCUGCUGCGCACGGUGGACUUCGUGGCCCCCGAUGAGCGAGUCAUGUUUCGGACGUGUCGCAGGGAGCAAGACUCUGUCGUCUUCCAGAUGGGCACUGCCGACCCUGAGAGAGCGCUGGCUGUGGCCCGACUGGUGGAGAAUGAUGUAGCUGCCAUCGAUGUGAACAUGGGCUGCCCGAAGGAGUACUCCACCAAGGGUGGGAUGGGGGCUGCCCUCCUCUCUGACCCCGACAAGAUUGAAGCUAUUCUGAGUGCUCUUGUCAAAGGGGUAUCCAAGCCGGUGACAUGCAAAAUCCGAAUUCUUCCAUCCAUGGAGGAAACGGUCCAACUAGCCAAGAGGAUCGAGAAGACCGGUGUGGCUGCCAUCGGUGUUCAUGGCCGGACGAAAGAGGAGCGGCCUCAGCACCCUGUCCACUGUGAUGUCAUCAAGGCUGUGGUAGAGGCUGUAUCCAUUCCUGUCUUGGCAAACGGUGGCUCUCUCGAUCUGGUGAAAAGCCACAGUGACAUUGAGAGCUUCCGCAGUGCCACAGGGACAUCCUCCGUCAUGCUGGCACGAGCUGCCAUGUGGAACCCAUCCAUAUUCCGCCCACAGGGGAUGCUUUCACUGGAGCAGGUCAUGGACGCCUACAUCCGCCAUGCCGUGCGAUACGAAAACCAUGCCUCCAACACCAAGUACUGCUUGUGCCAGAUGCUGAGGGAGAGGAUGGAGUCGCCGCUGGGCAAGCUGCUGCAUGCUGCACAGACCAAUGCUGAGAUCUGUGAGGCCUUUGGCCUGGGAGACUUCUACAGGGAUACUCAGGAGUGGCUGAAGGUCCAGCAGGAAACCCUGCAUGCAAACGCAGGCAGCCCUCGCUCCCUGGACCAGCCCACCCUAGACGGAGAUGUGGUCACCAUGCCUGUGAAGUUCAUCAGGAGGGAGUACCCGCCCCAGAUCACACCCAAGAUGUGUCUCCUGGAGUGGAGCCGCAGGGAGAAACUGGAGCAGCCCUCGUAUGAGACGUGCCAGCGCCCCCUGGACAGGGCCUUCCAGUCCACGGUGACAGUGGCCGGGAAGAAGUACCGCUCCUCCAUGUGGGAGAAGUCAAAGAAGUAUGCCGAGCAGUCAGCCGCCAUCGUGUGCCUCCGCACCCUUGGACUGCCAGAGGGUCGGUCCGGCGAGGAGGGGGUGCAGAUUGUCGGGAAGAGAAAGCGGGAGGAAAGGCUGGAUGACAGAGCAGAGGGGGAUGGGAAGAUUGCUGAGGGGCGAAGGGAUUUAUCGAGUGCUGCCCACAGGAAGCGGCGUAUGUCAGAAAACGGUGACAGCACAGCGGUUUAUAGGGCCGUGACUGAGCAGACGGCACAGUGACACAGCGGCCCACCAACGUCCCACAAUGCUGCUCACGCUCUCUUCUUCCCAGUACUCUGUUGGUGCCUGUAUUUAAAAAUGCUAUGUUUUUUAUUUUUGGCCUUGCAGUAUGUUCUGUAAAAAAAUGCUUUUAUUUUCUCUUCAAGGCAGGUUUACAUGUAUUUCAGAGGUCACCGUGUUGUGCCAGUAGGGCCUACACACCACUUCGAAUCUCAGGACUGUUGGACAGUGUGUCUCAGAGUGUUCCGACUCUCCGAUGAGACAUGGGCUUCCAAAGAAAAGUCACAAUGCUGCAUGCGGUGCGAUGGACUACUGCAGUAAUACUUCCCCCUCACUCAUCUGUACUGGUCAGAUGGCUUGGGCUCCUGAAUAGAUUUCAAUGCAUCCCCAGAAGAAAGACUGGCCUCCAGGUGCAGCUUCUGCAGCUUACAGUAUGCAAACGCAACAGAUUACAUAUGAAAUGCAGAAAUCUGAAAAAUUCUGGAACAGGAAGCAUUUUGAAUUGUCUGUUUAUUUCUGCUGUGGACUACUGAUAGCGCAGUGCACCGAGAUGCAGGUAGACUCACGUGGAUGUGUGUGUUCGGUUUGCAACCUCUGUCCUGCAUACUGUGGUUUAUGGAUUAUGAUGAUUCCAUUUGAAUGUUGUUUUGCACCCUACCAGAAGGGGGCAGUAGAGACCACAGUAAAAGGUGCCCAGCCCAAGCAUCACUUGGACAAGAGCGCUCUGAGAUGAACGCUGUGGCUGCAGCUCUUCCAGGCAGUACAUAUGCAGUCCGAACAGUGAAAACCCACACCGUUAUUUGUAUUAUUUUCCAGCUGUAUCCCCUUUUUCCAGCUAUGUCUCCUGAAGAGCAUCACCUUUCAACCUUCCCUUCAGUGAGGAAGAACUGCACAACGUAAUAAAGUAUUUUUUUAAGUAAUCUCACUUAUAUUUCGGUCAUUUCCUCACCUUAAACCCUUCCACAUGAAUUUGGAUUAUGGCAUUGAGUUUCUCGAUGCAAGAAGCUUGGUGAUGGCAGCAUGUUUCCCAGCAUCAGUGUCCAGUCACUGCCAGCGCGUUGCCAGAGUAGUGACCGAUCCACGAAGGUGUUGUAACACCCCAGAAGGAAAGAGACUCACAUCUCUGUGGAGCAAU